AUGGCGCACGCGGGGAGAACAGGGUAUGACAACCGGGAGAUAGUGAUGAAGUACAUCCACUACAAGCUGGCGCAGCGAGGCUACGAGUGGGAGGCCGGCGACGCGAGCGCCGCGCUCCCCGGGGCCGCCCCCGCGCCAGGCGUCCUCUCCUCCCCGCCGGCUGCGCCCGGGGACCCUGCCUCCAGGACCUCGCCGCCUCCGGCCGCCCCCGCCGCGCAGCCGGCGCUCAGCCCAGUGCCACCUGUGGUCCACCUGACCCUUCGCCAGGCCGGCGACGACUUCUCCCGGCGUUACCGCCGCGACUUCGCCGAGAUGUCCAGCCAGCUGCACCUGACCCCCUUCACGGCGAGGGGACGCUUUGCCACUGUGGUGGAGGAGCUCUUCAGGGACGGGGUCAACUGGGGAAGGAUUGUGGCCUUCUUUGAGUUCGGUGGGGUCAUGUGUGUAGAGAGCGUCAACCGGGAGAUGUCGCCCCUGGUGGACAACAUCGCCCUCUGGAUGACUGAGUACCUGAACCGGCACCUGCACACCUGGAUCCAGGAUAACGGCGGCUGGGAUGCCUUUGUGGAACUGUAUGGCCCCAGCAUGCGGCCGCUGUUUGAUUUUUCUUGGCUGUCUCUGAAGACGCUGCUCAGUCUGGCCCUGGUGGGAGCUUGCAUCACCCUGGGUGCCUACCUGGGGCACAAAUGA